AUGACGCCCGCCAUUGCCUCGCCGACGCCGCUGCAGUCACAGCAGCUGCGCCUGCAGACGCUCGCUGCGCUCCUUGGCGCUCCGCCCGCCGGCGCCGCUGCACCUCGUGGCUCGCAGUCGGUGCUCGUACGCCUCGCAGCGCUGCAGACGUCGCUCGACGAGGUCGUUGGACAGCAUGCCGUGCUCGCCAACUUCGCCUCACGCUACGACGCCCACCGCCCCUGGCUCGUGCCCGUCCCGGCAGCCGGCGACGCAGGUGCUGCCGGCGAUGCAACGCCAGAGCAGAGCUCGUCGGGCGAGGCGCAGGCGCCUCUCGCGCCAGCGCUGAGCCAGCGCGAGAUGGCCACGCUGCUGCUGGAGGCCGAGCCGGAGAUCCGGGACCUUGAGCGGCAGCUCAGCCUGCUGCAGAACCUCAGCAAGGCCUGUGAUGCCGAUGACCUGGAGAGCGUCCCGGCGCAUGCUCCUGCCAUCGCCGCGCUGCGCCAACACGAAGAGGCAGCGCAGCCGGGCCGCGCACAGCGGCAAGACGAGGUCCUCUCGCUGCUCGCCGACUACGCUGACAGCGUCGAGUCGAUCUCGGAGCUCUUCGUGCACUGGGACGACAAGCUGAGCCAGCUCGAGCUUGCCGUGGCCCGGGCCGAGCGUGCACGCGCGCCAGGCAACAAGUAG